GUCACAGCCAAUGAAAUUUAACAAAAUAAGUUCCGUCAUCAGCAGCAAUGGCAGCGCACAUGGCGAAAAGCAUGGCACCGAAGAAAAGAAAACUGAAAGACAUGAGUGUGGAUGAAUUCAUGAAGAGUGGAUUUGAUUCAGACAGCAGUGAUGAAAGCUCAGAGCCAGAAAUUCCCAAAAAGAAAAAAAUUGUGAAGAGUAAAAAGUCUGAAUUGACAGCUGCCUCUAAGCACAAACAAUCCCUGGAAAAGCUUGAGAAGUUAGACCCAGAGUUUUACAAAUUCUUAAAGAAUGAAGAUAAAUCACUACUCAAUUUUGAUGGCAAUGACGAAGAUGAUGAUGAAGACGAUGAUGAAGACGAUGAUGAUGACAAUGAAGAGGAGGAAUAUUCAGAUACAUCAGAGGAGGAUGUAAAACAAAGUCCUCAAAAAUCUUCUGGAAAGAAGUCAAAAGUGGAGCUUGACCUUGAUGACCUUGAUAACUACAGCACAGAUGAGGAGGAGGAGGAGGAGGACUCAAGUGAUGAGGAAGAUACAGGCAAAGGGCGCUUGCAUAAAUUACCAAAAAAACUUGAGGUUGCCAGUGAUGAGAGUGAGGAGGAGGAGGAGGAAGCAGAAGAAGCAGAAGAGGAGAGCACAGAUACCGUCCCAACAGUAAAGAAACAUAGAAAGGGAACAUUAGUCACACCUAGGUUGAUAAAGAAUUGGUCCAGAAGUUUAGAGACAAAACCGACUAUGGCAGUACUAAAGGAAGUGAUAGCUGCAAUGAAAGCUGCAGUAUUACAGGCAGGUGGAGAGGGGAAGGCCAAUAAAUAUGUUGUCAAGGGUAGCGACGUGUUCAAUGCCAUUGUGCGGAUGUGUCUGACCCAGGUGGCGCCAGCGCUUCAUCAGGUGAUAGGGCUACCCCCUAUAACUGACCUACAGAAACCCAUUGUACCUGCCAGUAAUAACAAAAAGUGGGUGAAAAUACGUGUUGAUGUGAAAAUCUAUCUGACAUAUUUAUUGAAGCUGGUGAGUGAGUUGUCAGAAGCAACCAUGAUCAACGUGAUCCUGAAGCAUAUACACAAACUGGUCGCCUUUUAUUCCUGUUUUCCAAAAAUAGCCAAGGUCAUGCUCAAGAAAAUGAUCUCUCUAUGGAGUACUGCAGAGGAGACAACACGAGUCAUGGCAUUCUUCUGUAUCAACAGACUUAUACACAUCAUGCAGACCGCUCUCCUUGACAUGUGUGUUAAGCAAAUGUACAUAGCCUACGUGAAGAACUGUAAAUUUACUUCACCCUCAACACUCCCGAUGAUCAACUUCAUGCAGCGCUCCCUGGUGGAGAUUUUUGCUAUUGAUGUUGUACGGGCGUACCAGUACGCGUUUGUUUAUAUCCGACAGCUUGCAAUACACCUGAGGAAUGCAAUCACAACCAAAAAACAGGAGAACUGCCAGGCUGUAUAUAAUUGGCAGUAUGUACACAGUCUGGGCCUAUGGGUGAGGCUGUUAAGUGCCACCCAUCCCAACCCCGUUCUGGAGCCCCUAAUAUACCCCCUUACACAGACGAUCAUAGGCACCAUCAAACUCCUCCCUAACUCCCGGUUUUAUCCACUGCGUUUCCACUGUGUUCGGCUGAUGACAAGUCUGUCUCAAGCGACGUCGACCUUUAUCCCAGUGUUACCAUUCCUGCUGGAGAUUUUCGAACAGAUUGACUUUAACAAACAGCACAAGAAAACCAGCGUCAAGCCAUUCAACUUUGCCUGUAUCCUUAAAUUCUCCAAAUCCCAGUUGAUGGAAAGGUCCUUCAAGGACGGAUUGGUUGAUCAGCUAUACGAAUUACUCCUGGACCAGCUAAAUGUCCACCAGAGUUCCGUGGGGUUCCCUGAGCUCGCGUUACCGGCCAUUCUACAGCUGAAGGACUUUCUGAAGAAAUGCAAGGUGGCUAACUACUGCAAACAGGUUCGUCAGAUCCUGGAUAAGGUGGAAGAGAAUUCCAAAUUUGUCACCAAUCGACGCAAGAGCUUCAAUGUUAAUCUUGCUGACACCAAAACCAUUGGAGCUUGGGAGAAAAAAUGUGAAGAGGCUGGAACUCCACUGGGAAAAUACUACAAGACCUGGAGAAAGCUGAGAGACCGUGAACUCCAGCACGUGAUUUCAGCCAAAGAACAGAUCACGGAUGUGGACGAUGGAAUACCAUUGAUAGUGAGACCCAAGGGCCCACAGAGGGCUACAGAGGACGACAAGAAGGACUUUGCUGCGCUAUUCGACACAGACAGUGAUGAAUCUGACGACGAGAUGAGAUUUCUCCCAAAAGCUGCAAAGUCUAAAAAGGCUGGUUCAGAAAGCGAUGACUACAGUGACUUUGAUAGUGAUGAACUGGAACAGUUGGCUCAAUCAGCAGAUGAGGACGGCGAUGACAGUGAUGAAGAAGAUGAACCAGAGGCUGAUGAAGACAGUGACAUUAACGGCGCCGAUGAGGACGAUGAAGAUAUCCCAGAUGUGGAUGAUGUUGUCGAAGACUUUGAAAUGUCAGACUCGGAUUAAAAUACUAUGAAUAUUAAUAAAAACAUCUAUUUUAUAAACAUCAA